CGAGAAUUCCACGCGGGCGAACGGGGCGGAUGAACGAUAUCGGUACCGUUUCGGUUCAAAAGCGAUAAAAACGAUAAGAACUCGCUACAUUUCGAAAUCCCCCAAAAUGCAUCAGAGUAAAGUAAACUAACAGCAACCAAAGUUUCAGGCUGCAACUUGUCAAACGUGUUCCCCAACAAAAGUCUCGCGGCAUUUGGAAAUGUGCAGCACUGUGCAGCGGCAAGAAAAACAGCAGCAAAUGCAGCAGCAGCAGCAACAGCAACGAAAACCACUCGCAUAACUGUGACUUGUAUUAAUUUUCAAGCUUUUCCAAGCUGCAAACAAAAAGAAAAAUUGUAAUCCCGCCAUCGUAUGCCUUAGCAGAAAAAUGUGUGCAGCAACAAAAGCUUCAAUUAGCAUUUAAAGAAGCCGCAUCAUCGCGAUCCCAUCGUUAAAAAUCCCUUCAGAUGGAGGAGGACGUUCUGAAUGCCCUGCAAACGCGAUGCGCCUAUUUAUCCGGCGGAUUUGAUCGCCAGAAGCGCAUCAUCUUCGUUGUCAACGCGUUCAACGAUCUGCAGCUGUGGAAUCGCCGCUAUCUGCAGGUGACUCUGGACUAUCUGAAGCGGUCUCUCAGCGCUUCGGUGUUGCAGAAUGGAGUGAGUGUGGUGGUCAAUGCCCAGGAGAGUAGUUCGCGGAUCUCGCGCCAGCAGGUGCGCCAAAUAUACGCCCUCUUUGGAGGCGACAUCAAUGUGGAUCUGUAUCUAGUCAGGGCGGAGGGCUUCUGGGAGAAGCAUGUGGAGCCGUGCACCAAGUCCCAGGUCAAGGGAGAGCCCCUGGUGCUGUCCAAGGCGAGACUGGGCAAGUUCAUAGAGCCGCAGAACCUGCCCGAGGAACUGGGCGGCACUUUGCAGUUCAACUACGAUCUGUGGCUGCAGCAGCGCAAGUCCAUCGACGAGUUUACCAAGUCGCAUGUGCGGACUUUGGCAUCGAUGGAAAAGCUGUUGGCUCUUCUUCGCGGACACAAAUCUUUGCGGCCAGCGGAAGCGGAUGUGGAGCUAAAGAAGUGCGCCCAGCUGCAUGCCGGUGUCCAAAAUGACAUAGAAUCAGCGAUAGAUAUGGGUAACGCGAUCUUGGCCCGUUUCAACGAGGUCUACGAGCCGCAUUCAGCGCCGCCACAAGCGGUCGCACCUGCCUCGGAAUGCCCCGUUAACGCCCCCCUGCCGCCAACGCCGCCGGCCAUCCCUGCUGCCCACUCCGCCUCUGGAAUCCCCCCGCCAAAGCCCCUUUUGCCGCCCGAUCUCGUUUGUGAGCGUGCCCGCAUCGAGUUGCGAUUGAAUGAGAUCGAGAAGAAACAGACGGCCAUUCGAACAGCCUGGCUGGAAUUGCUGCGGUCUUUGAGGGAGGCACGUGAACUCUGCACUUUGGAGGAGGGAGUGUCGUUCGUCACCAAUUGGAUCCUGCAGCAGGCGGAGGAUUUGCUGAGUCGUCAGAGGAGCGUUGCCGGUGAUGUUCGCGGUUGUGAGAUCCUGCGAUCCGCUCACGAUCAAUUGGAACUGGAGUGCCGCGAAACCUACGGUUGCUAUGCGGAAUUGCUUUACAAAAUCGAAAGAUUCGCAGGGGAAAGGCAGUCAUCGCCCAAGGACAUCAAUCUGUGUCAGGAUCUCCUUUCGCAGCGGGAUUUCAUGCAGUUUGUAUGCCGCUCCUUUGCAAAGAGAUUGGAACGGCGACGGAAUGUCCUGAUGACCGCCUUGCGAUUUCAUCGCCUCCUUGAGCAAUUCGAGGAGCUACUGGCCACUGGUAAUCAUGUGGUGGAGGUGGACAGUCGAUCGCUGGAUUGGCCCGAGGCAGAGCAGCUACUCAUGCAGCUCAAAAACAACCAGCAAAUGUUGAGCCACGUCGAGCGCGAACUUGUGCGUGAAGGUGAAAAGCUGAGCGACAUGCUGGCGAUGCCGGUGAAAGACGCUCUGGGCCGUGACCUCCAGCUGGACUACAGCGCGGAGAUUGGCCAGCUGCGGCGGCAGAUCGACGAGAGUCGGCGGCGACGUCAGGUGUGCGGACAGCGGCUGGCGCUGCAGCGGCUCACCUUGGAGCAGGUGACCCACAUCCACGCCUACGAGGAGGACGCGCGGAGGGCGCGCGACUGGCUGCAGGAACUGUAUGCCGUCUUGCUGCAGUGCCACUCCCAUGUCGGCUGCAACAUCCACGAGAUCCAGCUGCAGAAGGACGAGCUGCAGGGGUUCGAGGAAACCGGACGAAGCAUCUACCACUAUGGCUGCCAGUUGCUGGAGGCUUCCCAAACGCUGAAACUCUGCUGCAAAUUGGAUACCUCGGGAUCGAGGCCAGAGGUCAAUGCCAGCCAGAGUGUGAUCAGUGAUGAACUGCAGUACACGUGGCACAGUCUGCAGUCCGUGGCCCAAGAGCAGAUGACCAGACUGCGCGUCUCCGCUGUGUUUCAUCGCAGUGUGGAGGCCUAUUACCGCCAAUUGAGGGAACUUCGACCUCUACUGACCCAGGAGCUGUCCGCACAAAUGCAGCAGCAACAAAGACAGCAGCACAAUCGCAGUAGCAGUGGAAUCAGCAGCGAUGCUGAGGGAGAAAUGGAUUCGGAGCUAGCUCCACUGGGAGAAAUGCCGCCACGAUUGCAAAGGCAUCUGGUGGCCAGGGAACAACUUCUCGUCGAGGUGGGAAGAAUGGUCAGAUUGGGAAGACUGCUGAAGAAGCGUCUUAAAGAGCCCUUCGUCUUGGACGCUUUAACAGGAAAAAGUGUUGUGGCCGAUGAGUUACCCCUGGACUGCAGUCCAAGUCCACUUCAUGAUAGUGGAAGAACGAGCAGUGCUGGCAGUGAGGCACCCGGCGAAUCCCAAUCCCAAUUCCAGCCAGCCACCGUGCAGGUGGUGCCCACGGGCAGCAACGAACUGGCCUGCGCCGCCAUUUCGCACAAACUGGGUGCCAUUGCCGAGGUGGCCGAAUCCCUGGACGCAGUCAUCCGCGAUGUCCAGCAGCAGGAGGGAGCGUCCAGCAAUGAAAUCGGCAGUGCCAGCGGAGGACAUGGCAUCAAGAAACUGGGAAGCAUUGAGGACUGGCACUCCCGCUCCACCGAGGACGAAUCCUUCGCCACCGCCUCCGAGGGCAACUUCACGCCCAACUCGCACUCCUCCUCCUUCCAAACGGCCUCUGGACGCACUAGCUCCUACAUUGGCUCGGCCAAGAACUCCUUUGACGAGGCGGAUGACUCUACUUUGAGCACCUUCGAGAUUCCCGAACUGCCGCCCUCACCGGUGAACAUGUCCUUCGACGGCUCCGAACUGAGCUACUUCUCUGCCCGCCAGCAGGGGAUGAAAAGUGAGGAUCAGGAUAGUGUGGUGGGCGUGGCAGAGUUGCACAGUCAGAGUGUGACGCCCACUCCGGAUGAGGAGCAACAGCACUUACUGCCGCCACUGCCUUUGCCACAGGCCAUCGAAUCGGAUAGUGAGGUGGAGGGAUUCAGUUUGGUCACCGGAAUAACGACGGAAUCCGCACCAAGGAUUUCGAAUGCCCACACGCCGGAGAGUCCAGAGAAAAUCUACAUCAAAGUGGUGGAACUAGAGCCAAAAAUCACAGCACUGGGCGAAAAUCUGGAUGAAUCUGUGCGCAUGCAAAGGGAGCACGAUGAGACGCUGCGAAACUUACAGAGCCUGCCCGGACCCAUGGAUGAGUUUGUCCAGAAGGCGGACAAACUGCUGGCCAGCAAGCGCAUUAGUUCGGAACUGGUCAACGCCAUGGCCGAUACCCUCAACAUCAUCUGGCAGGAUAUCCUAAAUCUGCUGCAAGAUCGCCAGCAUCUGCUCAUACUGUGCACACAGUUUCACGACAAGAUGACGCAGUGCUUUAGGAAGAUGGACCAACUGGAGCUGGCCUGCGAGGAGACCCUUCAACCGCCGGAUGUGCCCCAUGUUCAAGAGUUCCUCAACAGAUUUAAGCAACUGCGAAUAGACAUGCUAACCGGUGUGAUGGCCGCCCUGAAAGAUGGCAACGAACUGCUGGCUCAGCUGGAGGAGUUGGAAAAGCUGGAAACAUUGGACACUAGACCGGAGCACAUUAAACGCGAUGCCACAAGGGCAGUUCACCAGGUGCAGCAGUGGUUGGAGGCCCUGCACGAUCGAAGGAAUUCCCUUGAACUAGCCUGGCAGACGAGAAAGACCCAAAUGGAGCAAUGUCUGGCAUUGGCUUUGCUGGGUAGGGAACUAGUCGACUUGGAGGCAGCACUUCAGCAAGCCCGUAUGGAACUGAGCACCAUGUACAGUCUGGGUGAGUGUGAGCACACGGCCAAUGAAAUGCUCACCAAGUACAGGGAGUGGAAACAGCAGGCUCUGCAACUCCGAGAUCGAGCUUUGAAGAUCACGAGGGCCAAGGAGAAGGUACAAUCCGCUGGCCAUUUCACCGAAGAUGAGGCAUGUGCCCGAGCUUAUGCCGUUUUAAGUGGCUGCACGGAGCACUUGGAUUUGGUGGAUCAACGGGAACACUGGCUGCAUCAAUCACGCGAGUUCUUCGCCAAGGCUGAGCACACUUUAAGUGUUUUGGAGAAACUAGAACUGGAGCUGGCCAGCUUGAAAUUACCUCCUCAUUCCCCGGAAAGCUAUGCCAUGUUCACAAAAGUAGAUCGAGAUGUUCGUAACUUCACCGAGGAGCCCUUGCGAUUGGGUUAUGGCAUCCUCGACGAAGUGGGUCGAACUCAGCCGGAGACUCAGGGUGUUAAGAGAGUGCUGGACGAACUGGAAAACCGCAAAGUCUAUAUCCAGGGCAUCUGCGCCCACAGCAACGAGGAUCAGCAGAAGGUGCAGAAGGCACUGAGUGAAUUCCUCACCCAUCACAAUGAGCUUUUGGCCUGGCUGAAAGCCUCCGGGCAAUUGCAACUCCAGCAGAGCGUGGAUAUGGGACGAAAUCUGCAGCAGGCCAAGCAGUUUCUGCUCCAGCACCAUGAACUUAUGCAGGAUCUGGAGAUAAAAGGCGAACUGAUCAACCUGCUGCUGGAGUCCAUCAAGAUCCACCUGGAAUCCCUGAGCCCGCAGCAGCGCUACGAUGUGGACUCCAAGGCCGAGUCCCUGCACAAACACUGGAUCGAACUGAAGGACCUAGUGCUCAAACGUGUGGACCAUGUCUCACUGCUGAUAGACUUCUUUGAGUUGGCCAACGAGCUAUCCAGUCAACUCGACAACCUGCAGCGCCAACUGCAGCAAACUCCCGACGAGCACAAACUGCAAUUCCUGCAGGCCACUUGGACGGGCAUUGCGGCCACUUUCGGUGAACUGAAGUCCCGCGGACAGCGAUUCAUCAACUUGAAAAUUGUGGAUCCAUAUCUCGAGACCAAAUCCUCGGCACAGGCGGUGCAAGAGACGCUGAACGACUUCAGUAAGCGGCAGGUCGACGUGACGAGCAGUUUGGAGAAUUGGACAACGAGCAUUGCGGAGAAGCGCCAAGUCGAAUAUCUACUCGAGAAAGUCAUGAGCGACAACGAGGAGACCGUGGCCAAGAGCACCCAAGUGGACACCCAGCUGUAUCCCGUUUUCACCUCCCAAAGCGUGGACUCCAAGCAGCUGUUGAUCGGCACUCGCGAGAAGCUGACAAAUGUGACGCAGGACAUUGAGAGGGCGCAGGAUGAGAUACAGCAGCGCAUCCAGACCACACUGAGCAUUCAGACAAAGGAUCAGCCAUCGUUGGCCAAGAUCGAGCAGGUGAUCAACAACCUGCGAAUGCUAAAGGCCAAGCUGGAUGGCAUCAAGUACGAUUAUCGCACUUUGGUCGAGAGUGUGUUGCAAUUUCUGGAGAAUAUAGUGCAGUUACGGCGCGAAAUCGACGACUACUUCGCGAAGAACAGCCAACAGCAAGUCGUGGCCGGAGCAGAUCGCAGCAUUGCAGAGCACGAGAAAUUCCGCGAUCAGUGCAUGGAUAAAUUUAGAUCGCUAAUCACACAAUCCGAACUGCUGAUCGAUCGGGUGCGCAUACUGGAACCGCCGGGAGCCCGAGAAAUCGACACCGAUCGCAUACUGAAGUUGCUCGAAAAUCUCCGGCUGCAUUUCGAAUCCAACAGCACUGCCCGCAUGUCGACUCUGGAGCGUCUGGAGAAGAUCGAGCAGUUCCGCUCCGAUCUGGAGGACAUCGACAGGAGUUUGGACAGCGUUAGUCAGCAGCUGCACGAGAUCAACAACCAAAGUGUCGACAGUUUGGCGGCAGCCAAGACCGCGUCGCUGGCGUUUGAGUAUUUUGAACGGACCAUAGAGCUGCUCGAGAAGCGGAUCGAGAAGUUUACGGAGUCCACAAGUCAACAGCUAUUCAUUAGCAAUCCCGAGAGCGAGCGUUACGUGAAGGACGAACUGCGAAAACUCAACGACAAAUGGCAGAGCUUCAAGGAUCAGGUGAAGCAAAAACGAAAGAGCCUCAAUCAGGCAACCGAGUUCUUCGAGGUAGUCGAAAAUAUCGAUGCAGAGUACCGUGAGAUUAGCUACUUCUACACUAGUGUCUCGAAUAAGGUUCCCUAUCUCCGCGACUCCGUGGAGGCCGGCAAUUUGGUCAACGACAUCGAGAACUAUGUGAGCAGUCGCGAAGCGGCACUGCGUGCCAAGUUGGAUAGUGCCUCGCAAUGCGCCCACGACAUGAACAAGGUGUCGACCUUGUACAACGAUGUGAUGAACAUCUUCCAGUCCUUCAUCAAGCUGAAGAUGGACAUAAAUGUGGUGCAGGAGAGGCUCAAGCAGGAGCAGCGGCAAAAGGAGCAAAGGGAGCGGGAGGCUCGUGAUCAGGCGGAAAGGGAGAAGGCUUUGAGGGAAUCGGAGGCCAAGGAGCGAUUGUUCAGGGAGGAGCAAUCGCGUUUGGAGAGCCAGCGUCAGCAGGCGGCCAUCGAACAGGCUCAAAGGGAAUUGGCGGCCAGGGAAUUGGCUCUGCGGGAGCAAGCUGUUCGCGAAGAGGAGGCCCGUUUGCAGUCGAUUCGGGAGCAGGCCAGUCGCGAGCAGUUGGCCAGGGAACAUGCUGCCCGCGAGGAGGAGUCCCGCAUCCAAGCCUUAAGGGAUAUAGCCCGCCGCGAAGAGGAAGUGCGUCUGCAGAGUAAAAGGGAUGAGGAAACUCGUAUUCGUCGCGAGGAGGAGGAAAGAUUCCGCAGGGAAAACGAAUCGCGAUCGAAACGUGAAGAGGAAGCCCGUAUUCAGCGUGAGGAGAUCACCAGACUUCAAACGCUUCGCGAUCAGAUGGAACAGCAGCGCACCGUAACCGAAAAUAUCCGAAAGGACAUUCAGGUCAACUCCAUUUUCACCGAACUGCGCUAUGCCUCUCCCCUUUUCAUUCGUCCUCUCAAGGAUGCAGUGACUCGCGAAGGAGAUCGUUUCGUGUUUGAAUGCGAAGUCACUGGAACCCCAGAGCCCGCAGUCGAAUGGUUCAAAGAUGGCAUCAGUAUCCAAAACAAUUCCGAUUACAAAACCACUUUCGAUAAGGGCAUCUGCAAGCUGGUGAUCGAGGAAACCUUUGCUGCCGAUUCAGCACGUUUCAGUUGCCGUGCCUCGAACUUGGUGGGAACUUGCGAUACUAAUGCCACUCUAUGUGUUCGGGAAAAUGCCGCUGAAGUCCAGUUGGUACCACCAAGGAUUCUACGAUUCCUGGAGAGCGGCAAGGCCACUGAAGGCAGUUCCUUCCGCUUUGCCUGUGUGGUGGCUGGUGUUCCUUUGCCAACGGUUCAGUGGUUCAAAAAUGACAAGUGCAUCGAUGAUUCCCCUGACUACGUAAUUAGCUACAACAAUGGAGAGGCUACUCUGAAAUUCGAGGAGGUUUUCCUAGAGGACGAUGCUGUGUACACCUGCAGUGCCUCAAAUCCGGCGGGUAUUGAACACUGUUCGGCUUCUUUGAUUGUGGAACCUUUGGAGCCAACAGAGUUGCCCAGUUUCAAGGUUCCCCUAUCUAAUGCCAUGGCUCGAGUGGGUCAAAAGAUCAAAUUGGAGGCCAUCGUGAGUGGAAUUCCAAAACCAGAAGUCUAUUGGCUGCACAACGGCAAACCCUUCCAGCCACGGGAUUCCAAGUACGAAUACGGCCGCGUAACGCUGGUAAUACCGCAGGCUUAUCCCAACGACGCCGGAUCCUACGUCCUGAGCGCCAAGAAUUUAGCUGGCGAGGCCUAUACCAGUUGCAACGUGAUAGUGAAAGGUCGUUUACCACACGAGACCUCCGAUUCCGAGAUGGCCAGUGACAUUGAACCAAUCAAGCCGGCCGUGCAUCUUCCAUUGAAGGAUGUCUCCAUAUUCGAGGGCAAACCAGUGAGGCUGGAUUGCGUGAUUGUGGGCCAACCCGAACCUGAAGUCAUCUGGUAUCACAAUGAACGACCUGUCAAGGAGUCCGCCGAUGUUCAAUUGCUGUUCCAGGGAGAUAGAUGCUCUCUAAUCAUCCAAGAGGUUUACCAAGAAGACGCAGGUCACUACAAAGUGGUGGCCAUUAACUCUGCCGGUGAAGCCUCCAGUAAUUGUGAACUCAAGGUCACUCCGCUGAAUCAAUCGGAACCUGCCACACGAGCUCAGGCGGAAAGGCAAUCCCUGCCCAAGGAUGCGCAGCCCAAGUUCGAAAGACUUCUCUCAGAUGUUUUGGCCGAUGAAGGCGAGCAGGUAAUCCUUGAAGUCCAGGCCAGUGGCGAUCAACCCUUGACCGCACAGUGGUUCCUGACCAACAAGGAACUUCAGUUGGAUCAACGAAUUACUACCCAGUCGGAUUCUGAAUCGGGCAUCUUUAAACUCAUCCUGAACAAUGUGAGUGGCGAUGACAAGGGAGUCUAUACGGUAAAGGUCACCAAUCCAGCGGGCGAUGCCAAGUGCUUUUCACAUCUUAUAGUAAAAUCAGUGAAUGCCCCCGAAAAUCGUAGAAGUAGUCAAUCCUCAGUGGAAAUUCUAGAUCGUCAUCAGUGUCCAGAAUUUAAAGAACUAUUUAGCGACAAACAAGGUGAAAUCGAUGAGGUGAUCAAGUUCGAGUGCAUAGUCAAGGGCAAACCUACACCAAAAGUCCACUGGUUCUUCAACGAUCAACCCGUGCAUGGGCAUAAUUUCUUGGUCUCCACAAGUGGUGAACGUCAAGUGUUAACCAUUCAGAAAUUAACCCAUGAUGCGGUGGGCAAAAUCAGCUGUGUGGCUGAAAAUGAGGCAGGCAAAGCCACCUGUGUGGCCUUUUUAAAUAUCAUUGGCAGUGGUCUACCCGCCACUAGUGAUGUUCAAACAAUGAGCCAAGAACACAACACGGAAUCUUCGAGAGUAACGAUUAAAAAGCAAACGUUUACCACCACCUCUACAUCGCAGGUCAAUUCGUAUGAGGGCAAUGCCCCACAAACCGAGGUUCAUCACUCCUCCGCUCACAUUGAUCAAUCCCUGAAGCAAUUUGGACAGCAAAGACCCGAGAUUGUGGAGAGUCACCACUACCAGGAAUUGAACAAAAGCAAGGAGAUGAGCAGUCCCAUUGUGCAGCAAAAGUCCUUUAAUUUCAUCCAAUCCAGUGGAGCCAAUGGACAAUCCGCCGUGGCCAUACCAGAUUCACCCACUCGCCUGAGGAGGGAAAUAGCUCCUAGGUUUACAACUCCACUUAGCGGAAAGAUUGUAGAUCAGGGUACCGAUGUCAGCAUGGAGGCCAUUUACGAUGGCUUUCCCUCGCCCGAAAUCAAAGUGGAGAAAAAUGGAGGUCAACUGUUCGACGACGCCCAUACCAAGAUAUCCAACAAAUGCAAUCGCGUGACCAUCGAACUCAAACAGGUGGGCGUGGCCGAUGCGGGACGAUAUGCAGUGACCGCCUCCAAUACAGUGGGUCAAUCCACCAGCACUGCGGAUUUGGUUGUUAAAAAAACCAUAUUCCCGCCUGUAUUUGGACGUCGUCUGCAGGCUCAAGUCAGCAAAAAGGGCGAGAAGUUGAUCAUGGAGGUGGAGGUCACCGGGUUGCCGGAACCCACAGUCACUUGGCUAAAGGACGACAAACCACUGAAGGAUGCCGGCAUCUCCGAGCAUCGUCUGCUGGCCCAGGGCAACUCGUUUAGACUUAUAAUCGAGAAGGCGCAAAGCUCUGACUCUGGAAAGUACAUGGUUCGUGCAACUAACGCAGGAGGUGAGGCCAAAAGCAUUGCCGACUGCGCCAUUUUGGAACCUUCGCCGGAACGCAUGCAGGAAGUGGUCAAGACCAUUGUCUAUGAAACUGGUCCAGCUGUGGCUCCGUCCAGCGAUUUCAAAACCGAAGUGCAGAAUCAGAAUGGAAACCAAAACGGAACCCAACAGUCGUUCCAGAGCAGUCAGACCGAUGUGACCAGUGCCAAUGAUCUCCACGGUUUGUCCGAGUCGAAAGUGAUCACUGAGCAUCGUUGCACCACCGAGGCAACAAUGCGUCUAGAGCACAAAUCGAAUUACUUGGAUCUGCCGGAGCUAAGUUCGCGUCCCAAGACACCAACCACAAACGAUACAAUCAUCAGCACAACGAACACAACAACUGCCAGCAUGGAUCAGCCAGAUCAGACACAGCCCAUCACCACCAAAGCCCCCCCACCUGUGCCUCCCAAGCCCUGUACUCCUGUGGUGGCCACCACAUUUGGGCAGCAGCAGCAACCACCGCAGACGUUGAUCAGCACCAGAUACGAGCAGAGCGAGCACAAGUCAACCACUUCGUCGUCCUCGUUCGACUAUUUCAAGAAGAUCGAUGAGGAGACCGUGACCCAACGACCCAAGCCACUGGCCUUCAAGCCACUGGAGACUGUGGUGCGACAACCACAGGCGCAAUCUCUGGCGGAGGAGCUUAGAAGUCUUAAUCUGAUACCAGGAGAUGCCCCGGAAUUCUGUUACUCACCAAAGACCGAAAGAAAUGAACCCAAGGUACCACUAAUCACGGAGAAGAUCAAGAUUCUUAGCGAGGUCCAACCCAAGGAGCCACCACCACAAGGUGGUGUACCCGUAUUCCCGCCACCACUGGGUCUGCAAACUGUGCAGCAUGAAACCACAACCACCAAGGAGGUGAAAGUGGAGUAUGGUCAACCCAUUGUGCGACCUGCAGCGGUUUUGGCCACUCCUGCCCAGCAAAAUCCACGCUCACCCUCACCAAAACCCUCUGCCGAAGGUGUGGCCAUGUCGAAAUUGUGGACACCCACGGGCGUUUCUAGUUACUCCAGUGAUGUGGAGCAGAAAUCAGAGAAGACAAUGAUCUCUAAGCUGGCUACACCAACACCAACCAAGGAGCUGAAUGCACCCUUCCUGGUGAAUCAGAUAGUGAAGAGCAUACCUCCGACGACAACAGCACCUGUAACACAUUUGGUAAAUGUGGAACUGGAACCUGGAACACCACCGGAGAUUUGCUUUGCUCCCAAGGUAGAAGAGACUCGUCGCCGUUCUAUUGUCGAGAGCAUGGAGCAGAAGCUAGAGCAGAAUUUGAUACAAGGCCCGAGUAAAGUGUUGCCACACUCGGUGCCCACUUUGACACCCAGCAAUGUUCAGACGAAACCGCUGGGUAACACCGCCACCACCUACAGACCACCACCUCCUGUUUUACCCACCCGUUUGGGACUUUACGAAAGCGAUUACGAGAGUGAUCGGUACAAGUACAGUGGCAGUGAAUCGGAUGUGGAGCCAGGAAAUCGCAAACAGCAACAACAGGCCGCCACGGAGACGACUUCCUUCAAGUCCAGUGGCUAUACAGCUGAUACAGAAGAGCAUUCGAGUUAUCGCAAAUCGGAAACAAGUUACUACGAAACCAAGUCAUCAUCUACAAUGGGAAAUGCCCCAACGCAGACACAAUUUCCCAAGUUGCAGCCUGAGCCACCGGCACAGAUUUACUUCACACCGAAGCCACAACCGCAGGUGCAACCCUCACAAUCGAAUUUUAGCAGCCAGGAGGCGAAGGACUACAAGUACACCUCGUCGAGUAUGACCAGUAACUAUUCACACAACAUGCAGAGCAGCAGCAGUUCCUCGCAUCACGAAACCAAGUUCUCCUCGUCGGCAGCACCACAACCACCAGUGGUUACUUAUCCUAGUCCCAUUCCUGCCCAAAGGAAAACCCCGGCAGCGGAGUUUAGUGACUAUAGCAGCGAGAUUGAUGAACGCUUCCGUUCUGUGUCCCGAGCCAAUGAAUCCGAUGCAGAGAUUAAGGGUUAUCGCGUGGUAUUUCCACCCACACCAACUCCACGCACAAAUAUCGCCACCAAUGGCCACAAGUCGCCAGUGGUGGUGAUUACUCCCUCGCCCAUGGAAUUUGAGCCUACUCCUCAGGAUGGUAGCUAUGCCAGGCCCAAGUUCGAACCGAUUGGCAAGGAAAUACGCCAUGAAAUCAAGACGGAGAGCAGCAGCUCGAAGCAGUCAAAGUUUAUGCAAAAUCAACAGCAACAACAGCAGCCUGUUUUUAGGCCCAAACCAGUGGCGGCCAAGUUUAUAGCGGCCACGCAGCAGCAGCAGCAGCAGCUCCAAUCCAAUGCCCGUCCGACCAUGUACUACAAUGCUGUUGCUGGAGCUCCAAUGCAUCUGGCCAAGAUUGCUAGCGAAACAAAGAACGUAAUGCAGAUGCACGAAUCCACGGAGAGUUCGCAGCGAGUGGUGAAUAUGCAGCAAACGAAGAGAAUCAUUCACUUUGAUAGUCCGCAGGAGCAGAGGGAUCAACAGAUAUUGGAACCCUUUCCCUACAGUCCAGCCACAAGUCGUACACCCUCGAGGCAAUCGCAUUUGCCACCACCUGCUACGCCCACAAAAUUUGUGCCCGGAGAAUUCCGGGAAAGUGAUUACGAGAGUGAGAUUGAAGGUGCACGCAUUCAACCUCUAUGGUCACCCUAUGGCGAUGGUUUGACCAAAGGUUUUCGAAGAGUGGCUCCACCUCAGGGAGCUGGAAGGUCCUGCAGUCUGCCCCGAACCUAUGAAAGAGUACUAUCGCCCAUGGAAUUCGAUCGUGGUCCCGAGAUGCCCAGCAAAAUCCAUGUGGAUGUAAAUACCUUGAGGAAGGAGCAACGCGGUGGCAGCACAGUGACCACCCAACAUCGUACUCAGUCCUUGAAUAGGAACUCUACAAUGAGACAACAGCAGCAGCAGCAACAGCAGCAGCAGUCCAUGGAUCAAGUAGACAGGGCCGGAACUCUGCCCCGAUAUGGUUAUAGCAAUCUCCAACAGCAGGCUGAGAAUCAGGGACGUCGAUUGGGUUCUACCUUCCUCCAGAAAUCUCACCAAUUCGUGGAUGAUGUAAGCAGGGAUGUGAGAAGCGCCGCAUCGAAUGGCAUGCGACCAGGUUUCAAAAGGGCUCCCAGCGAGGGCAGCAGCCAACAACCUCAGGCCUUCCGGGAUGAAUCGCGCGUUUCUCAAUACGUGCCGGAACUGCCCAAUACGGAACCCGUCAAUGCCCAUCUGAGUCGCGAUGAGCUGGCACAAAGGCAGCCAUUAUUCAUAACGCCCCUGAAAGACAUCGCAGUCGGCGUGGGCGGUACGGCUCGUUUUGAGUGCAUUGUGCAGGCGCAUCCGCAGCCGCAGGUCAACUGGACCCACAACGGCGGACAUUUGGAGUCCGGCAGCAGGCAUUGCAUCGAGUACCGGAACGGCGUGUGCCGGCUAACACUGCCGCAGGCCUAUCCGGAUGACAACGGCAGCUACGCCUGCACCGCCAUGAAUCAACUGGGAGCUGCCACCACCAGCGGAAAUUUGACCGUUUCGAGCACAAACCGUGGAUUUAGAUACUAAGCUCGUUUAAAUGCAACUAUUAUUAUUAUUUGCUUUAUGAUUUGUUCAAUGCCAAAGUUUUGCCUUAUUGUGUGUAUGUAUUCACUGUGCCCGUGUCACUUAUUCUUUUCUGCCCCAUUGUUUUCUGGGUUUUUCGGAUUUUAAAACCAUUUAGUCCCCAUUAUACAUGCAUACAACAAAGGAAUAUAGUAUUACUUGUGUUUUUGUCGAAAAUAAAUAAACCAACAAUAAAACGAAGAAGGAAA